CCGAACACCCUCCUCUCGAUCCCACCCCCCGUCCACACUCGCCGAGAGACAAGGGAACGAAUGCGUUCUUGAGAGAAGCUUUCUCUUCUCCGCCGGGGCCGAAGGGCGGUCAUGGAGGCCAGCAAUCCAGCCCCGCCGAAGCUUGGGUACCAUCUCGAGAUCAAUCCCACGGCUCCGGCAGCUCACCAUCCAAAGCCACAGUCUUCAUCGUCGAGGGAUUUCCAGCCCUUUGGGAGAUGGAUCCCUUGGCUUGUACCCUCCUUCGUUGUCGCCAAUGUCGUCCUCUUCGUCAUCACAAUGUAUGUCAAUGACUGCCCUGAGAAUUCCCCUUCAUGCUUUGCUGGAUUCCUUGGCAGGUUCUCCUUUCAGCCUCUCAAAGAGAACCCUCUCAUUGGCCCUUCCUCCUCCGCGCUUGAGAAGAUGGGGGGUUUAGAUGUUCAGAAAGUGGUUGGUGAGCAUCAAGGUUGGCGCCUAGUUGUUUGCAUUUGGCUACAUGCUGGUGUUGUCCAUAUAUUUGCCAAUAUGUUGAGUCUUCUAUUUAUUGGAAUUCGUCUUGAACAAGAAUUUGGAUUUGUGAGAAUUGGGCUAUUGUAUGUCAUCUCCGGGUUUGGUGGGAGCUUGAUGUCUUCUCUCUUUAGUCAGACAACCAUAGGAGUUGGUGCUUCUGGCGCUCUUUUUGGAUUACUAGGAGGCAUGCUUUCAGAACUUAUAAUGAAUUGGACAAUAUAUGCAAAUAAGCUUGCAGCAUUGUUGACCCUUAUUCUUGUUAUAGCCAUUAACUUGGCUGUUGGAAUCCUCCCCCAUGUCGACAACUUUGCUCAUAUUGGAGGAUUUGUUUCAGGAUUUCUUCUUGGGUUUGUAAUUUUGAUCCGUCCUCAAUUUGGAUGGGUUAGUAAGAAGCACACUCCUCUUGGUUAUCCUGCUGGUCCAGUUAAGCGCAAACACAAGAUUUAUCAGUAUAUCUUGUGGAUAUUUGCUGCCAUCCUGCUUACUUUCGGGUUCACAGUUGCGCUUAUUAUGCUUUUCAGAGGCUUCAAUGCAAAUGACCAUUGCUCAUGGUGCCACUAUUUGACCUGCAUCCCAACCUCAAAAUGGAGCUGCAAGCCAAAAGUCCAUUAUUGCACAACAAUUCAGAGUGCAACACAAUUGAACUUAACUUGUCAAGGUAAUGGAAAAACCCAAAGUUACUCAUUAUCUAACGCAACCGAAAUCCAGAUACAAGAUCUCUGCCGCUUACUCUGCACCUGAUGAAAAUUCCUGGUUCCUUUCUCAUCUUUAUGUUUGAAUAGAACCACACAAGCUUUACAAGCUUUUCUUGUCAUGUUUUGUGCUUCAAUGAAUUAUAAUUCACAUUGGUUUCCUUAUCAGAGUUCCUGUAAAGAAAAAAAAAAAAA